AUGUCUACUUCUACAGCAUCUGCACCCAUAGUAUCUGCACAUAAGCCACUUGAAUCUUUACCACAAGAGCCUGCGCCGAACCCUACAAGCCAGCGAUUGGAGCAAACAUAUGACACUUACGAUGAUUCCGCUUUGAAUUGUGGCCCGCACACCUCGACAGCAUCUGUAAUCUCUAGCAUCCUUGAGUACCGUAACUUCAAAGGCAGAGCAUAUCAUUCGGCUCGUUAUGAUAGCAAUUAUCCGAUUCCGAUAGAUGAGCAGGCUCUUGAGAACUUCGACCUCAUGCAUCACUUCUCGACACUGCUCACUAACGACAAAUUAUACCUUGCACCGGUCAAAGAAGACAUUCAGAAAGUGCUGGAUAUUGGAACUGGAACAGGCCUUUGGGCAAUUGACUAUGCCGACGAGCAUCCAAGCACAACCGUGAUCGGCACAGAUCUCUCUCCCACGCAGCCCGCCUGGAUCCCACCCAAUCUCAAGUUCGAGAUCGACGACUGCACGAAGCCCUGGAUAUGGGACACAAACACAUUCGACUUUGUCCACAUGCGCUAUCUGUUCGGCGCGAUAACCGACUGGACUGCGCUCUUCAAAGAAGCAUAUAACGCUACUAAGCCUGGCGGUUGGGUCGAGUCUUGCGAAUCCGAGCCUAUGACACAUAGUGAUGAUGGCACGGUCACCAAUGAUGGGUCAACCGUCUUAGGGGGGAUUUGGGACAGGGUUUUCAUCGAGGGCGGGAGGAUCACUGGCUGUUCUUUGUCUGUUCUUACCGAGGACCUGCAGAUAAAGGCGAUGAAAGAGGCCGGGUUUGUGGAUAUCCAGGAAGCGUUUUAUAAAGUUCCUUUUGGCUCAUGGCCCGAGGAUGCUAGACUUGCGGAGAUUGGCCAAUUUGCAAAGCUCAGUUUGGAGUCUGACCUCGUUGGCUACUCCCAGAUGAUCUGGCAUGAGGUCCUCAAGUGGCCAGCCGAUGAAUACCAGACUUUUCUACACCAGGUGCGACAGGAGCUUAGAAACAAGAAGCUUCACCCUCACUUUCAAGUUCGGUUUGUUUGGGGUCGGAAGCCUGAGGAGGGAGAGACUACUUAG